AUGAGAGUGUUAGAUAAUCCUCUAGUGAGUUUGAUAACAGUGUCAUUGUUCUUCAUUGGAGUUAUCUUGCUCUACCACAGUUCAUCCUAUUUCUCCAACCAACUCAUUCCAUCCCAAAAGGAACCACUCUGCAACCAAUCAAAUCUUACCACCACCAAUGUUGAAGGAGAUAGAGAUAGUCUUGAUUCUGCUUUGGAAAAAGCGUCACUGGGAAACAAAACAGUGAUAAUUGCCAUAGUGAACAAGGCUUAUGUGGAGGAAGGAGUGGAGAGUAAGAGCAGCAUGCUUGAUAUAUUUCUGAGCAGUUUUUGGGUUGGAGAGGGAACAAGGUCACUCAUUCAUCACAUUCUCUUAGUUGCUGUUGAUCAAAUUGCCUAUGAUCGAUGCAUCUUUCUCAACCUCAACUGCUUCAGAUUGCAAACAGACGGUGUUGAUUUCGAAGGUGAGAAAAUUUACAUGUCUCAGGAUUUCAUCAAGAUGAUGUGGAGAAGAACUCAAUUCCUCUUGCAGGUUCUCAAACGUGGCUACAACUUCGUUUUCACCGACACUGAUGUGAUGUGGUUAAGAAAUCCAUUCACAAGGUUAAGCAAGAAUGAGACAGAAGACCUUCAAAUCAGCACAGACAGUUUCCAUGGUGAUCCUUGGUCAAAUAGAAAUCUAAUCAACACUGGAUUUUACUUUGUUAGAGGUGGCAUGAUUGAACACUUGGGACUUAGGGUUAGGUUUUUGGACACCCUUUAUUUCAGUGGGUUUUGUGAAGAUAGCAAGGAUUUUAGGGCAGUCACCACUGUCCAUGCCAAUUGUUGUAGGAGCAUCCAUGCAAAGAUCUUAGAUUUGAAGAUUGCCCUUAGUGAUUGGAAGAGAUUUAGAAAGUUGGAUGCUAAUUCCACUAUGAAUCCUCAAUGGACUAAGCAUGAUUGGUGUUGGCAAUCUUGGGGAAGACCUAAACAAGCAAAUGGCUAA